CAAAUGUCAAAAUGUAUCAAAAAAAAAUACAAAUCAGUCUCACAUACGAUGUCUAAUAUUUUCCUAGAAAACUAAUUUUAGAAACUAAAAUUGUUUCUUUCAACAAUAUUAAGUGUACAAUGUUAUGAAAUUAUUUAAAAAUGGCGUUAUACAUGAAACAGGAUUUCAAUCCACCAAUACUGUCAAGAAAAUGGCUGGCCAUCAAAUGCAGACCAAAUAUGUUGCUGUACAGUAGACAUCAUAUUAUUGCAAUUCUGGAGAGCGGCCUUCUAUUCCGAGAGGACAGUAUAGAGGUAGAACAAGAGGCGCCAUCUACCGAGGAGGUAUGGCGGGCCGUCGGAGGAGGGAAAGGAGGAUGGUUCACCAAAGGGGAGGGGAUAGCGGCAUUGUUAGCUGUCUCUGCUUGUGUUGCUGCAUUCCCUCCAAGAAGCCUCCAUCGGUGGACGCUGGCGAACUUGGCGGCGUACGUGUGCACGGGGGCGGCGGUGAGGGCGGCGCACCGGGCGCUGUGCCGCGGCUCGCUCGCCGCGCUGCUCGCGAGCAUGCGCGACUACCUCGCGCUCGCUCGCCGCGCCGCCGCCUGCCUCAAGGAGUACGCCGCACUGCACGCGCAACUUGGGUCCAUAUCGUGCGCGAUCGAGUCGACGCACACGAUGCUGCGGCGGCAGCAGAGCGAGCUGUCUGUCCUCAUGUCGCGCGCGUCCUCCGCGCUGCUCGGCAACGCGCCCUGGCUUGUCGCCGACGUCGCCUGGGACGCUGUCGUACGCGACGGCGACGACAACUUGACGAAAAUUCACCACGCCUUCCUAGUAGUACAAUCGACAUUGCUCAAACAUAUCGCCAUGGCUCACUACAUACCGUCGAUACACGCCCAACGUAUAUACAGAAAUCACAACGAACGGAUAUACUGGCUUCAUGCCACUCUCAUACCACAUUUAACCGAUGAAUUCCAACAGUGUCACGAAACUCUAAACAGGAUGUAUAGAUUGUUAAAAAACUUCGGUAGCAGUGACAUAGACAAUAAAAAGCUAGGCACCGCAGUCAUAGACAGCUGGAUGUACAGUGACAUCCAUAGUGGCAUAGCGCGGACAUGUCUAGAGUUGAAAUUGUCUAUGAAUAAAUGUAACUCCCUCGACGCUUUUCUAGAUUCGUGCGCUUUAAACAAUCAAGAAUUAGAUUUAAAUGUAUUGAGCAAUGAUAUUGGUGAAAUUAUCGAUAGUGUAACGAAAUCAUUGACAACGAUGCAAAAUUCUCAGCUGAGACUGAAGAAAAUUAAAAAUAAAUGUGAUAAACCGGACUCUGAUGUCCCCGAAGAGGUCGAAGCGGAGAUAGAAAGCGCGGGAAUUUUGAAAAUAGAAGACAAAGAACCAGAGGCGAAAGACGAAGUUUUUUAUUUCGUCAGGACUGACGACGACGUUGACUCUAUACAGCCGGCGGGGGAUUCGUUAACUGGACCCGGCAAGAAAGAAAGGGAGACAACUAAAGUUGUAUUGAGCGAGUUGAGAAGAAAGUUGGGGAAGCGAGAGGACGCUAUGCGUGAAAGAGAGAGACGAGCGCUGCUUAAAACUAUGCCCGAAUUGAAGGAUAACGUUCCAGAAUUCCCUAAACAGAUAGGUUUAGAAGAAUACGCCGACCAAAAAGGUUUUAUAAGGAAAAUUAAGAGAAAAAGACGGAAAACAAGGUUGUUUAAAAACUACAAAAUAAACCAGAAACGGGUAAAGAUAAAAAAAUAUAAAUUAAAAAGAAAUAAAUAUGAAAAGGACAAAGAUAUCGUGAAUCCGUAUGAGGCGAAUUCUAAUUUAAUUUUUAAGAGUAAACUUAUAACAAUUGUAUGCAAUAAUAAAGAAUUAAUUAUAAUCAAAUGGUGUAAGCAUGUACAGCCAACAAAAUCAAAGAUCGAUAAAGAAAAAGUAGGAAACAGUGCUGCCAACAAAGUUAACGGAAUCGAAGAAAAUAAAGAGAACUCUAGAAACAAUUACAAAGUUUCAAAACGCGAUCUAGAACUUUCGCCUUCGUCGUCGGAGAGCGAUUUUGAGUUUUACGAGAGGCAAGUAGCGUUGCUGAAAGAUGCCCGCCGCCAUAGAGCGAACAGAAAGAAACAAUAUCCGGACAAGAGGGCGAGCAUAGACAAAGAAGAUGAGAGUCUACGACCCAUAGAGUACAGUUUUGGCACUGGUAUGGCUAUGGCGUCUAUGUUACAAACGAAUAGUAAAGCGAAAAUACCUAAUAUGUGUCAGGAAGAGGUAUUUAUUGGAGACGGUGAGGUUUCCAAUGAUAGUGGAAAUGAUGAAGAUGCUUAAAAUUGUUCAUACUUUAACUUACCGAAGUGUGACAACUAGGCAUGGGUAAUAUCAAUAUAACUUCAAUCAAUAUAUAUAUAUAUAUAUAUAUUAGUUUUGUAAGAACACUGAUAAAGCGACAAAAAGGGCAUCAUUCAUUUCGAUAUCAUCUAUACCAACGGGGUGCUUAAUUUCGUUAUUAUACAUUGGAUGGGGGGUGUCAUGGGCGAAACAGUAUACUCUGUUAUGUCCAUGGUACUGCUCAAGUCUAUAGGCGACGGUUACCGCUUUCCAUGAGGUGGGCCGUCAGCUUGUUUGCCAUUCUAAGUUGUAUAAAAAAAAAUUAUAUAUAUUUUUAUUGGGCCGAUAUAUAGAUAUUGUAUACAUAAUGUAUAGAUAUUUAAACAUAUACGUCCCCUAGUGGCAAUGUCACAAUUAUCUGUCAAUUUGCAAAACAAUGUAACAAUUUUCGAUAUUCUGAUUAUUUAAGUAAAAAAACGAACUAAAAUUCAGGGAUAUAUACACUAACGAAUACCUGUAUUAAAUAGUAUAUAUAUAUAUAUAUAUAUAGGAACUUCUGUCCCACUUCUUACAAUGAAACAGCUUUAUUUGCAGGGCUGUGUUUCGGUUUGAAAUGUAGGACAUGGCAACGAAAUUACAGAGUAAGCAGGUAUAACACCUUAGUUCUCAGGAAUAGCAACAUACGAGACAAGUUUGCUUAUAUCAGACAAUACAUGUAUUAUAUUAUUAGAAAUCAGAAAAUGUAAAAUGAGAAUGUGAUUUUAUAGACAUAGUGGAAAAAAAUAUUGUUUAUGUCCAUAUUAGUGGUAGGUAAAAUAUGGCAAUAUCUAUAUAUUGUAGUUGCAAUAUCUGUAAUAUUGGCACAAUAAUCAUUAUUUCUCAAACAUGCUUGGAAAUGUGAAAAUUAUUUUGACAAUCUUCUUUGAGAUAAAUCAAAUUUGCCGUACUGAUCAGAUACAUGCGGGCAGCCGCCGGCAAAAGUUGUAUGAAAAUCCAUAUCUGUCGUGUUUUGUGGCCAGAUAAAUUACUACGUAAACUCAUAUCUGUCCUGUAAUUUAAAAACGGAAUGACCUUCUACUUCGAAACAUGGCUACCAAGGAGGUAACAAAUAAAAGGUUUUAUUUAAAUUUCGAACUAGCUUGCAAAUAGAAAAUUGUUUAUUAAAAAAGAAACAAAGGAACAUUAUGGCGCGUGAAAAAUUAUUAUUGUUCGUUAUUCGGUAUUGAACUUAAAAGUAAAAUUGUGUUUUUUAUUUCCGCGCAUCGUUUGAGAAAUGUACUAUACAAGCCUUGGCCACAACUAGGCAUUGAUGGACUCACGUAUAUGUGCUUCGGCUGCGCCUCGGCCCACAUUUGCACGUUCGUCCAUCAAUGCCUCAGUUGCUAGCCGCUGCAGUAAUGUAAUAUAUUAGAUAUCGAUUAUUCAAUAUAUAUUAUUGAAAUAAAGAACAAAAUCACAAUUAAUGUAAAUAUUCGACUGGUAUGACCAAUAUCGAAACGGGUGAUGAACUUUAUUUACAUCAUCAAUAUUCUACCAAUAUAUAGAUACUAAAGCAACACCGAUAUUGCCCAUGCCUAGUACAUAUACCUAUUGCGUUUAUUUCUUCCGUUUAAUAAUACAUUACAAAUCCAUUGCUAAUUAAUUAUUGAUCAAUGAAUAUAAUUAUAUACUAUUUAUUUUAUUUUUUUUUCUACAAUACAAACAUAAUUUAAUACAAUUUAAUAAUUUAUUUGCAUUUGUAAUUUUUUAUGUUAACAAUCAUCCUUAACAAUUUUUUUAUAAUGGCGACAUUCGUAACAAAAUGGCCGCUCAAUAACGAAACCUGUCAGUUUUUUGUGUAAAUUUAAAUCUCGAAUUAUUGUGAUGUACAUAUGUACAGCAUAUAUGUUGGUACUUACAUCGCAUCGUAACUGUGAUUGCUUUAUAAUUGCUCGCAUUUAAUAAAUUGCUUAAUUAAUUA